UGACAUGAGCCAAGGUUAACCUGUUCUUGUUUUGUUGGGAGGUUUCUUCUUGGCUUCAUUCUAGUUUAUUUUGGAAUUUUUUGUUUAUUUUUGCCCUUCGUUUUGGAGAACACGUAUAAAUAUGUAGUUACGUUACUGUGGCAUGUCCUCAUAAAUAUUCUAUCUGCAACACGCCUUUUGCCCAAACAAGUAAGUUAACUAGAACCAUCACGGAACAAAGCUUAGAGACAAAUCAAGUCAACAAAACAUUGCAACUUUUUAUUUCCUUCCGAGCAAACUAGAAGACACCACCAGUCCAUAAACGGAAAUCCGGCAAGACACCAACUAGUUAUUUCUAAUUACUAUUAUUAAUAAAUAAUACAGAGCCCAUAAUCCCGCCGCAUUUCCUCCUCCUCUAUCUCUAUCUCUACACCACACCCUCGCCGUCGAUGUCGUUGCUCAAAUGAACCCCGGUGCAGUAAAGCGUGCAACUGUGCGCGCUUGGACGCUGGCUGACAGCUACAGCUUCAUCGCGACUUUCCUACGCCGUCACCAUAGCACCAAUGUUGAGCCCCAACAUCAGCCGCACCCUCAGGCCCAACCUCAACUCCAGCAGCCCCAGCACUCACAAUACAACCAGCGCCGACAGCAACAUGAUGGAGCCUACGACCGCUCCCGCCGCCAUUUCCACGACUACUUCGUCACCCACCUCCCAUCCUCCUCUCUACACCCGGACUCCCGCGCCUCUCCAGGACCUCAUCACAAGCUACCCCGGUCAGCUUCCACACCACACACCGCCAGUGCAGCACGGGGCCCUUCCCCAGCCACCGUGCAGCCACCCAUCGGCGUCUCGCGCGAAACAACCGUGGUACGCAUCCCGCUGCGUAGCGCGAAGCACCACUUCGGCGUCUGCGCUGCACGGGGGACGCGGCCCACCAAUGAAGAUACAUAUCAAGCGGGCGUGAUUGAUAUACCAGCCUUUGCGCGGCGGGCACCACUGUCGUUGACGAUUGGGGCACGGUCUGCAGCGGCGGCGGCUGCUAGGGGGGAGAGGGCUGCUGCUGCCGGUGGGGAGAAGGGAGGGGUCCUGGACCAGAACAAGGGGGCGGAGAGUGCGAGUGGAGACCCGCAGGUGUUUUAUUUUGGGGUUUUUGAUGGACAUGGUGGGGCUGAGUGUAGUGAAUUUCUGAGGGAUUGUCUGCAUGAGUAUGUGCAGGAUGCGGCUGUGGACUUUGAGAUGCAGUCGAGUUUGAAGAAGGAGAUUGAGACUGGGGAGAGGGUUUUGGGGAAGGGGCCCCGUAGCUCUAUUGUAGAGAGGGACGGGAAAAUGGAGGGUCAUGGUGAUGGCUCAGCACAUAACAGCAAGGAGAGAGAGACAUUACAUCUACAAGGUGACCUGCCCAUUAUCCAGCGGGCUAAUAGGCAGAAAAUCGGAGAGCUGGAGAAGGAAUUGGUAUUCAGUUGGAAGAAUCUAGUAGGGGGCUAUUAUCGACGAUUUCGCCCACCACACUUCGCCUACUCUGGUGAGCACCACGCAUCAAACGCACACAGCGGUGCCACAAUCGAAGAACUACUCGAAUACGCCUUUUUAAAAGCAGACUUCGAUUUCAUCUACGCCCAAGCUGCCAAGCAGGACGAGGACGAUCUCGUCCAGGCCGAAAAACCUCUCAACGAAGCCGACAUCCUCCACCACCCUAGCCGAUCCCCAUACCCUGUCAUCGGUGGACCCACCCGCUUCAAAGGCGGCAGCACAGCCAGCAUCGCCAUGAUCUCCACCCCAAGCCCAACCCCGUUCUGGAAUCCGUCCGCCCCAUCCUCCCUCGUCGUCUCCCACGUCGGUGACACCCGCAUCCUCCUCUGCUCCACCACAACCGGCCUCGCCAUCCCGCUCACAACAGACCACCACCCCUCCUCCCCGAUCGAAGGAAAUCGGCUGCGCCGCUACGCCGCGACGUUCGUCACGGAUUCCUUCGGCGAAGAGCGCAUGAGCGGGCUCGCCAACACGCGCGCCUUUGGCGACAUGCGGUCAAAGCGGAUCGGGGUGUCUGCGGAACCUGAGCUGCGGCGCGUGGAGAUGGGGCCGGCAGAGUACUCGUUCCUGGUGCUGAUGACGGACGGGGUGAGCGGAGCGAUGUCUGACCAGGAGGUCGUGGAUGUGGUGAAGGAAGCGCGGACGCCAGAUGAGGGGGCGAGGGAUGUUGUGGCGUUUGCAACCGAGGUGGGGGCUGAUGGGGAUAAUGCGACGUGUCUUGUUAUUAGGCUGGGAGGGUGGGAGAGGAGAAUUGAGGGAGGUUUGGGGAGUAUGGGGACAAGGGAGAUGAGGGAGUGGAGGAGGGAGGAGGCGACGGAUCCAAGGCUGAGGAGGAGAUAGGAUCGUUUGGCAUUGGAUGUAGUCGGUGCAUAUCAUCGAGAGAGGUGCUAGGUGAGGAAUUGGAGUUAAGGUCUUAAUGUGUUCUACGUUUAAUAUGUCGUCUUAUGCCGUCCAUCUUGUGGCUCUUGUUUAGCGAUUUUCUCCUUUUUUAUUUUUUAUUUUUUAUUUUUUUUUAUUUUUAUUUUUAUUUUUUAAAUUUCUUUGUCUAGGCGUCAUAAGACAGGUCAAUUGAUAUCCAUGUUACAGGUACCCCACGAGCAUAAAAAGGGUUAUAAUUAGUAAGUAAAUAAUUGAUAAUAAUAUUCAAAAUAACUAGACCAGUUAGUUAUAUAAUUGAGAUCACGUCCAUUAGCUAA